AUGUAUGAGCUCAACGAAAGCAGCUUUGAUCCCAUCACCUUCGUCCUGACAGGCAUCCCAGGCAUGGAGGAGUCCCACAUCUGGAUCUCUGUCCCCUUCUGUCUGAUGUACAUCACUGCAGUGUUCAGCAACUCCGUCCUCCUCUUCAUCAUCAUCACGGAGAGGAGCCUCCAUGAGCCCAUGUACCUAUUCCUCGCGAUGCUGGCUGUUUCUGACCUCAUGCUUUCAACCACGACAGUGCCCAAGAUGCUGGCAAUCUUCUGGUUCAGUGCCAGAGAAAUUUCAUUUGAUGCCUGCAUUACUCAGAUGUUCUUCACCCACUUCAGCUUCAUUGUGGAGUCGUCUGUCCUGCUGGCUAUGGCAUUCGACCGCUAUGUUGCUGUCUGUGACCCCCUGCGGUACUCAACCACAUUAACGCCCUCAGUGAUUGGGAAGAUAGCAGUGACUGCUGUGGUCCGGGGCUUCUGCAUCAUGUUUCCACCCAUCUUCCUGCUGAAGCGGCUGCCCUACUGCGGGCACAACAUCAUGCCCCACACCUACUGUGAGCACAUGGGCAUCGCCCGCCUGGCCUGCGCUGACAUAAGAGCCAACGUCUGGUAUGGGCUGACGACGGCGCUUCUCUCCUCCGGCCUGGAUGUCGUGCUCAUUGCUGUCUCGUACGUGCUCAUCCUCAGGGCUAUCUUCCGGCUGCCAUCCCCAGAGGCCCGUCUCAAAACCCUGAGCACCUGCGGCUCCCACCUCUGCGUGAUCCUCAUGUUCUACAUGCCCGCCUUCUUCUCCUUCCUCACACACCGCUUCGGCCACCACAUCCCAGGUCAUGUUCACAUCCUCCUGGCCAACCUCUACGUGGUGGUCCCACCAAUGCUCAACCCCAUCGUGUACGGGGUGAGGACGCGGCCGAUCCGGGAGCGCGUGGUCCGCCUCCUCUGCCCCGCUGGGCAGUGCUCCUGUCCCAGCAGGGGGGGCCACUGCUGA